GUUACACAUGUGUCUAAUUUACCCAGAUGUUACACAUGUGUCUAAUUUACCCAGAUGUUACACAUGUGUCUAAUUUACCCAGAUGUUACACAUGUGUCUAAUUUACCCAGAUGUUACACAUGUGUCUAAUUUUUCAUCUUGUCAGUAUUGUAUACCAUAUUAAUAUUCUCUCAAAUCGUUCAUUGUGCCUGCGUAUUGGUAUUGUUUGUAGAUGAAUGGUUCAGAGAACCGACAUGUUGAUAUUGUGAAAUACGUGUCUGGAGAUCUCUGGAUGCCUCUCCCACGUAUUGUGUACUGUGGGACAAUAACAAAAAACUCCCACAUAUGCCAACUUUUCGGUCCGACUUGGACCAUUAACUAGUCGGAUCGAAAUGUCUUUCUUUCUCAUAUGUGCGAGUUAUUUGUGCAUUGUCCCAGUCAGGGCAUUGUGCCCUUUAUUCCUUAGGUGGAUGAAAAUGGUUGAUUUUGAGAAAGGCCUGGAUCAGUAGGCCUGUUGGAGUGUUCCUUGAUUCUUAUGUUCUUAACUAAUGUGAUAUUUUAUUGUAGCAAUACUGCUUCUGAAUAAAUUGUUGAGAAAUUGACAAGUUGCAUCUGUGAAGUUGUCAAUAUUGAUGUUGAUGUAGUAGUAGUAGUAAUAGUAGUAGUAGUAGUAAUAGUAGUAGUAGUAGUGGUGGUGUUGGUAGUGGCAGUAGAAGACAGGUAUAUAAAGCAGGGAUGGCGCCUGGAAGUCAACAGUCAAGAAUAAUGUCUUCAAUGAUGAGCAUAUCAGUGUGUUUGAUGCUCCUGUCUGGAGUAACACUAAUCACAUGCCGACCCUGGCAUCCCAAACCGUUCAUUCCGGCAGCCAAUCCAUCGCUCGUGCCUGGUAUAAAGCCCGUACCUGAUUUAUCAUGGAUAACCAAGGUCAGGUCAGUGUUUGACCUGCUCCUCCAUGUAUCUUCACCUGUGAGUGACAUUCACAUGCGCAACAAGGAAGUUACGUACCUCUUCUUAAAUAUUUGCCACUUUCAGUUGUGGAAUAAUGAUACUCAUCUUAGCCUAAAUAUAUGCCCAAUUAUUACCGCUGACGAAGAUCAUUCAUCGCCUCCUAAGUACAUGCCUAUCCUACCUGAAGAAGAAAGUAACUCUUCUAAACCGAAGUAUAUGCCUAUCCUACUAGGAAGAAAGCAACUCUUCUAGGCCUAAACAUAUGCCUGUUGUACCAGAAGAAAGCAAGUCUCCGUGGCCUAAACAUAUGCCUGUCGUACCGGAAGAAGAAAGCAACUCUUCUAGGCCUAAAUAUAUGCCUGUUGUAUCAGAAGAAGAAAGCAACUCUUCUAGGCCUAAAUAUAUGCCUGUCGUACCAGAAGAAGAAAGCAACUCUUCUAGGCCUAAAUAUAUGCAUGUCGUACCAGAAGAAAGCAACUCUUCUAGGCCUAAAUAUAUGCCUGUCGUACCAGAAGAAAGCAACUCUUCUAGGCCUAAAUAUAUGCCUGUCGUACCAGAAGAAGAAAGCAACUCUUCUAGGCCUAAAUAUAUGCCUGUCGUACCAGAAGAAGAAAGCAACUCUCCGUGGCCUAAAUAUAUGCCUGUCGUACCAGAAGAAAGCAACUCUUCUAGGCCUAAAUAUAUGCCUGUCGUACCAGAAGAAGAAAGCAACUCUCCGUGGCCUAAAUAUAUGCCUGUCGUACCAGAAGAAAGCAACUCUUCUAGGCCUAAAUAUAUGCCUGUCGUACCAGAAGAAGAAAGCAACUCUCCUUGGCCUAAACAUAUGCCUGUCCUACCAGAAGAAAGCAACUCGCCGUGGCCUAAAUAUAUGUCUGUUCUACCAGAAGCAAGUAACUCUUCAUGGCCUAAAUACAUGCCACUCACGCCUGAAGAAAGUAACUCCUCGAGUCUUAAUUAUAUAUAUCUUGUCCGUGAGGAGUAAUUCAUCUGUCUGAAUAUGUCACAUACAUCUGAUGACAUAUGUAGUAACAUUUACACUUGUGGAAAGAAAGCAUCAAUAAUGAUAAAAUUUUUAUUCAGUUUAAUUAACAAGCAUAUUAAGGUCACUUCUGUUAAGUAUAAAAUUUGUUAAUCAUUUAACUCAGCUGUUUCUUAUGUAUCAUUUCAAAAUAAAUAAUGGAAAAUAACAUUUGUUAAUUCAUUCCAAACCUGUGUCCAUUUCU